AUGGAUGUGGAUACUGCGGUGAGACCCACGUCAGGCGAGCCCACGUCAAGUGGCGAGCAACAGUCGUCCACAGCAACAACCACAGCAGCAUCAGCUCCGAUAGCAAACGAAGAGCUUCUACAAGCGAUCCGACGUGAAAGUCCCCAGGAUGCAUCCUCAUUUCACAACUGUAAUUUUCGUGUACUCUCGCAAUUCGUCGCAAUCUCUGACAUCGAUUUCAAAGAGCAAUCAUUUUAUAACAUUCUAAAAUGCGCCUCUUUUGCAGAUGUUUUGUUGCCAAAUGAAGUUCCCGGUGAAGAUUUUGGACGAGUAACAGUGAAUGAUGAAGAUGCGGAGUAUAUCCGAAAAGAUCCGCUCAAAAUAUUGAGCCAUCGUGCGGAGCCAAAUUUGGAGCGAUUAUCGCACGAUAUGUAUGAUGAGCUGGAGGAUUGUGAGGGUGAGCUGCUGAUUAAUGUCCCAGAAAGUUGCUAUCUGUUAAUGGAUGAACAAAAAGUUAUCAGAGUUGCAAUUGACGUAAAAGUUAUCAAACCAAAACAUAAAAAGCGAUAG